UUCCGGCGAGGUUCACACCGCGAGUUUCGCGAACCAAAUAUAUUAUAUGGUGUGGAAACCUUUCUUGACAAAAUGCAGGAAAUUGUAGCAAACGUUUAUAAUGUCAAAUUUGACAUUGAGAUUGCCCUAGAACAGCAACUAGGAGCACACCCUCUUCCAUUCCCUGGAAUGGAUAAAUCUGGGUCAAGUAUUUGUAUGUUCUAUUUGAGGAAUGUAUGUAAUAAAGGAACAGCUUGCCCAUUCCGUCACGUUAGAGGGGACAGAUCAGUUGUCUGUAAACAUUGGCUUAGAGGACUGUGCAAGAAAGGAGAUGACUGUGAAUUUCUUCAUGAAUAUGAUAUGUCAAAAAUGCCGGAAUGCUUUUUCUUUUCCAAAUUUGGUGCUUGUAGCAACAAAGAAUGUCCAUUCCUACACAUCGACCCAGAUGCCAAGAUCAAAGAUUGUGCAUGGUAUGACAGGGGAUUCUGCAGACAUGGUCCAAACUGUAAAAAUAGGCAUGUGAGAAGAGUUCUUUGUAGGAAUUACCUUACUGGAUUCUGUUUGGAUGGACCCAAAUGCCAAUAUGUUCAUCCCAGUUUUGAAAUACCACAGGCAGACCCGGCACUGCAGGCUAAAAAAGCCAGCAUAACAUGUCACAAUUGUGGAGAAGCAGGGCACAAGGCUGUGAAUUGUCCUCACCUGUCAGAAAGUAUGAAGUCUGAGUUCUUUAGGGGAAAUCAGCAACCAAGUGGCGGAGGAGAUACUGGUCAAGGUCCUCAACAGUUACAACAACAACAACAACAUAUGCAGAAUCAACAACAACAGCAGCAAGGAAAUCCCAGGUUUGUGCAUCCUCAUAACCCAAUGCAGAGGAGACCACUGGAUCAGGUUACAUGUUUUAAGUGUGGAGAGAAGGGUCAUUAUGCAAAUAAAUGCCCCAAAGGUCAUCUAGCAUUCUUGAGUUCAAGUAAGCCGUGAGCAGAAGUUUCAUCUGUUGAAGUACUUUACAGAGAGAAAACAUGCUGUCAAGUCUCCUGUGUCUACAGUUUGGACUAAGUGGGUCAUUACUUCAUGUAAUGCACAAAGCUCAUAAUCAGUUUUGGAAUUGGACUUUAUAGAAAAGACAAACUUUAAAGCAGAACUAAUGGUUAGAGGAUUAUGUAUAUGGCUGUGUUAUUGCCAUUUCAAUUCGAUUAGUCCUUAGCAUUUUUAAUGCUUGCUUAACAGAAAACGUAUUCUUUCCAAACACUGGUUGCUCAUUAUAAUUUAUAGAUUUGGGAGUCUGUCUAUCUGUGUUUAUCAAUGCUGGAUAAACGCUCAACCUAUAAUACUUUAGAAUAUUUUAUUUGGUGAGGCAUGUCUGUUCUUAAUGUGAACAU